CGAUAAAUUCGGACAAGUAAAAAAGAACAACAUAAAAUUCCGCACUCACCCGCGCUCAACAGUUUUGUUUUCAAUUAACCGCGAUGGGAGACAGUUCGGAUGAGGAAUACCUGGGCACGGAUUGGUUGCCUUACAGCGAACGCUCCGAUUGGGAGGAUGUGCAGCCGCUCGCCCAGGACGACGGUCCCAAUCCGGUGGUGUCCAUUGCUUACAGUCAAAAGUUUCGCGAGGUCUUCGACUACAUGAGGGCCAUAAUUGCGCGCGGGGAGAAGAGCCAACGUGCCUUGGACCUCACCACGGAUGCGCUGCGUCUGAAUCCGGCGAACUACACGGUCUGGCAGUACAGACGCGACGUCCUGCGCGAACUGAAGGCAGAUCUGAAUGCGGAACUGGACUAUCUGAGCGAGGUGAUUGGCCAGAACUCAAAGAAUUACCAGGUUUGGCAUCACCGUCGCGUCAUCGUCGAGAUGCUGAACGAUCCCAGCAACGAGCUGGAGCUCACUGAGAACGCCCUGGUCAACGACGGGGAUGCCAAGAACUACCACGCCUGGCAACAUCGCCAGUGGGCCAUUCGCAGCUUUAAUCUCUAUGACGACGAACUUGGCUUUGUAGAUCGUCUGAUUUGCGAGGAUCAGCGCAACAAUUCAGCCUGGAACCAGCGCUUCUUCGUGGUCAAGCAUUUCGGAUACACGCCGGAUUUAAUCCAGCGGGAACUAACGUACACGAUGAACAGGAUUCGAAUCAUUAAGAACAACGAAAGUGCCUGGAACUAUUUGGUGGGCGUAAUGCGCCAGGGCGACAGUGGAAAAGCACUUCUGAAUAGCUACCCGGAGGUGGUGGAGUUCGUGGAGGAGCUCUACCAGGCCGGCAAUCGAUCGCCCUAUCUGCUGGCCUUCCUCAUCGAUUUGUACCAGGAGCAGGCACUCCAACUGAAGGUCAGCGAUAGCGAUCAGCUAGCCCGUAAAGUGUACGGUCUGUGCGAGGACAUGGCCACCAAACACGAUGUGAUUCGUCGCAAGUACUGGCAGUAUGUGGCCACCCAUCUGAAGAACCAGCUGAGCACAGUCGAGGAGAAGCAGCAGCAGUAGUCCAGGUUAUAAAUCCAUUAUUGCUUAGUUUUAAACCACAUACGACGUACUUAGGCCUUUUUUAUACAUAAAUAAAAUUUAAUUUACCGUCAA